AUGGCUGUUACAGGGUAUGACUUUCAGACAUUAAUGACAGACAUCGACGAAAAGAGAGAUAAAGACGAUACAAGUGUUCCUGCAAAGUUUUGUCGUAAGGCUGCACUGAAGAGCAAUGAGGAGUAUGAAGAGGACGUACGACCGUUUUUGGAUUUGUUCAUGGAAGGAAUAUCUGCAACCGUGACGAAUGUUGUGAAGAUGUACAAUGAGGGUUGGCGACAUUGCACUUUGACGUGGGAUAGCGUGAUUGUAAUGAACCCGCAGGAGUUUGUAGUAAUUCCGGAUGAUCUACAAGCAGGCGAGCCAGACGAGGCGCAACGGGAAGAUGGUGUUCCGGUCGGGGAAGAUCCGUUGCCUGAUUCGAUGGGUCGUGGACGACGGCUGUCUGAAGAAGAAGAUGGGGCGAAGUCCGCCGUGAGGGUGGGUCGAUUGAAGCCUUUUGCGGAGCAUAUGGAUAUAAAGUUACGGUUUACUCAUCACGCUGUUCGAUCGAGAGACGCAUGUCGGAACGUGUUGGAAAAAAAUAUCAGAGAAAUAAAAGAGGAGGCACAGAUGCAUCGGAUAUCAUUUGAACGUUCAUCAAUACCGGACAAGACAUUACGCUACCACCACAUUGACAGUCGGAGCGUUAUUCAGGAAGCGGAUUUAUUCGCGGAGUUAUUUUUGCUACACACAGUAUCAUUCAACCUUGAGCCACACAAGAUCCCGACUAUCCGUAAAAUGAAGUUGUUCCGGGCAUUCAACAAAUACACGUUAGGUACCUACUCAGGUCGGGAGAUCAAUAUGAGGGAAUUGAUUGACUGGUACCAAAUCUCACAAGGGAUAUUAAGGGACCCUAGCGCCAUAAGUUUUCCAGAAGAUAUACUUAAGAAUGAUCCUUGGAGACGGAACGGGUAUGAGUCUACCGAUUUGAUAGAGAAGGUAACGGGUUUUACGCCAAGAUUAGAUUGGGAUCAAAGCAUGAUCCGUCAUGAAUUUACAGUGCCAUCCGAAUUUAGUGCUUCGUAUUAUUGGAGGGUACUGCAAUCAUACCGCGAGCUGUUAGACCCGGUGCUACAGGUUGAUUAUAGUGACUACUCCUACGUGUAUGGAGGACACAAUUUGAUUGUGUUCGGAAACAUUACUAACCACAGUGGCGUUGAAGGUGAUGAUGAAAAGGACCGGCACCCGAGCGCAUUUGUGGACUACUGCACCAACGAAAAAGUGCCCGCGGGCACUCGGCUGGUAAUGAAGGUGCCUAUUGCCAAUCCGAGGUAUGCCAAAACGUGCUACAACUCGAUGGUGCGCGCUGACAUUGCCAAACACAGGAAGUGCUUCCCAGGACUUGAGGACUUAAUUGUGCAUCACUACAAGCCACCAAAAAGCCUCCGUAACUAUCCCCUAAGCUUUGAAGAAGCACUCGAAGGCUUCAACGCUCGCGAACUGUUCGAUGUUGUCACCCAGGAACUCCUUAAAGACAAACAUAAAUCUUUAACUGGGUUCAGGAAACUCCUGAUCGACGUCCUUCAAUCGGCCAAAACAUUCUGGGAUAGGGGCUACCUGCACCAAGACAUGACCCUGGUCAAUCUGAUGCUCUAUCCAGAACAAGCUGCACGAGAUUGCUACAUCGAUGAAUUAAAUUGCGAGGCGGUAAACUUGCGAUGGAUUGACUAUGCAUACCUCGUCAAACUCUCAUCCGCCCGACAGCAGAAGCCAAUACAAGACACUACGACCAUCAGCGUCGAUCUCAUGACUGUCGUGGAUCGACUCAACAGUGUGCACAACUUCAACAUCGCAAAAGACGAAGUCAAGUUUAUUCACAAGUACGAGCACACACAACACACUUCCCUACGUGCAUAG